AUGGCCACUAUGUCAAGCCACUCUCUCGAAGAGCCUGUUAAUACAUCAACCUCGGAUGCCCUAGCGGCAAAGCCACGAAGCGUAACCACCCCUCCAAAGACAAGCUGCAGUUCCUGCAGUUCUCCUCAAAACUAUAAAGCAAUCUCGGCACACCACCUUCCCUUGAAGGGGUUCUCACAAGAUGCCAAUAUGUUCUCUAAGUUUACUCUGUUCCCAAAACUGCCACUGGAAGUACGAUUGAUGAUCUGGAGGUACUCGAUUCCAAGAUUCGUUCGACAACCAACGAAGACCCGCUCCUAUCCACCUCUAUUCAAUACCUUGAAGGAAGCAUGCCGAGUAGCCAACUCGAAGCAUGAAGCUGAAACGCUACUUUCGAAGCUCAACACAAUCAUCCACACUGUCGACAUCCCAUACUUCGAUCUGUUGGAUUUCUUAGUUGCAGGCAAGAUUCGCAAAGCAAAAGAGGAAUUCUCGGUAUGGAUGAGCACUACUGAUACUGUUGCUUUGACCAUCAAUAUGAAAAAGUACACCGAACUCCUGUCAAGUGGAAUUCGAAGACGUCGGCUGAUCGGAGACUCCGUCAACUCUGUGAUCAGAGCUCUUCCGCUGAACGUGAAAAUAAUGUUGAUUAUCUUGGACUACAAUGCGAGUGGCACGAUAGGAAAAGAAUCACCAAUCAGUGACAUUGAUUCUGCUUGCGAGCCCCAUUUGAAGCCUCUCCAAGCUAUGAUUUCCGAAGCGCUAUCACUAGGAGUAUUACUUCAUAGAUUUGUGGUCGAGUACAAAGCGGUUGGAAAAGAGAAUCAGUGA